AUGGAAGUGACAUUUGGCGCCGUUGGGGAUUUCAUCUCCAUUGGUGUGCUCAUCAAGGAUUUCAUCGAACUGCUUGAUGACAGUCGAGGCUCGGCUUGGGAAUACAACUCGUUGAAGCAACAACUUACCUUUCUUCGACUGAACUUGGACCUCGCAAAGCGAUCCUACGAGGAGUACUACAAGACGCCCCAGUUCGAAGAUAUUCGGAACACGCUCGAGAGUGUCGUGGAUGAGGCAGAGCGACGACUAGAGGACAUUGCUGUCAAGGUGCAAAAAUAUACAUCAACACUCUCUGAAGGCUCCACUGAGAGGAGGAUAAGAAGGGUUGCAAGAAAAGUCCAAUGGAGUCUUGAAAAGAAGGAGACGGAGAAGUUUUUAUUGGACCUUCAUCGCUACACAUCCAUCAUUCAAUCAUUGCAGUUCGAUGCAUUUGCGCGUUUGAUGGAACGCAAUUUUGACACUAGUCAGAAAGACCAAAGUGAUACCCAACAACUUAUGAGCAAGCUGCAAAAGGACUUUGACGAUCGAUUCACCAGCCUCGAGGACGAACUGAGAGCUGCUAGAGCAAUGUCGGCUAAUACGCAACAAUCUUUAGUUGAAAUUGGUAUGAUUGUUACUAGGCGACUCGAUUCAAUCACACAAAUGGUCAACUCUCUGGGUAUCGCUGUACUGCGUGGAUUUUCGGGCAUGUCUUACCUUGGGACAUCGGUCUUGUCUUUAUUAUCCGCCAUGCACACCAACAUCCUGGGUCGUCUCGAACGCCCCCCGCAUAUGGGCCCUUAUUUCACAUUCGAGGAUUAUCUGGGUGUUGACUCAAUCAUAUUGCUUAACUUUGUGGAUUCUUGGAACGCCUUCGAGGGAUCUUUACAUGGCAAGUACAAGGGUCGAAAGGGCGGCAGACGAGUGGCCCAGAACCGAUUCCUCCUGCAGCAUCAUCAGACCGGAGAGGAGAUCGAUCGAGAUGCUCAUUGGGGCUUGGCUAUCACACCUGGGUCUCGGAUCAACAUGAGCCUCAUUUGUGAAGUUAAGGAGGAUGAAGAUGAAGCGCAAUCGCUCAAGUGUCCUUUUCCAUCAUGCGGAGCAAUGUGUGAAGGAGUUAUAGGAACUGUGAUUCAGUGCCCUUCAUGUCAGCAACUGUUUCGAAAGCUACCAGGCAUGUCUGACGACGAAGACCUUCCAGCAGCGCCCAAGGCUCCCGAUUCGGGAAUUAGUGAUCCAAGCUUGAACCUGGGAAGUAACUCGUCUGAUCGUGGUCAAUCUCGCAAGAGAAAGGGAACCCAUCUAGACAAAAGAAGAGCGCUACGGGCCAAAAGGAAGCCAACAGACGCGCGUAAUACAGGUUCUGACUCGGAUGACGCCGACUUGGCAGGGAUCAAGCGAGUGACUGUAUUACCAAUAUUGCGCCUUGCUAUACGACCAAUUCCACCACCUUCAGAGACAGAGCAAAAGUUCGAGGUCUCAGAACGACUGAUGGCUCCCGAAAAAGAGGAAAAGAGCCGCAGUUCGGAUAGUGUUAACGAGAAUGCCAGCGUUGAUACAUCAUCGAGGACCAUCGAGUCACAGCCCGGGGGCAAGAAUAAAAGAGUGUUGGAACUACAAUCUGAGUCUUAUGUAGAACAACUCGUAUCUGGAACUGCCUACAUGAGCGACAUGCUGUACCAGAAGAGUGGCGACCACAACGACUAUCCGUAUGAUAAGAUUCCUGGGCCAGGCGCCUAUGUUUUCGAUAGCGUGCUGCCGGGUGGUUUCACGUCCAAAGAUCCUCGACGAAAGUACGCAGCCACACGUGUCCCGCAAAGGCCCUCAACACUCCGGGGUACAGGAUAUAAGAAGGAGAAGAACCCUGCGAAAAGGAAAAGGCCAGAGAUCAGGAAGGCAACAGAAGCAGAUGCAAAGAGACAUAAAAUCCCCGCUGGAUAUUCCGUGAAGCACUGGGAUCCAGAUGAAGAACCAAUCAUACUCCUCGGUAGCGUUUUCGACGCCAAUUCCUUUGGAAAAUGGCUUUAUGACUGGACUGUAUACGCUCAUGGACCUGCGACGCCGAUGUCGGACACGGCGGGAGAAUUCUGGCUGCUUCUUAUUCAAUUGUCUGGCAGAAUAAAGAUAGCGGAGCACACAGUAGAAAGAGUCAAGUCAGUGGACUCUAAGGAGUUGCUAGAGGAUUGUAUCGACGCAGGGGAGAGGUUAUGGACGAAACUGGUGUCGCUGCUCAAGAGGUGCGAGGUUCCCAUGUUGAAAGCAUACAAACUCAAAGAAAGGAAACACAAAAACACUCUUCAUAAUCAGGGCGGCAAUGAAGAGAAAACGUCACAGCGGGUGAAAACCGAAUCCGAUGGCUUGGACAAGGAACUGAAAGAAACGUCAGUGCCUAGCGAAGGAGGCAAUAUCGAAGAGGCGGAAAAAAUGAGGCAGACUUUCGAUAAGAACGCUGGUGUUGCAUUCGUUGAGGCGAUUUUUGGCGAAGGCAAGGAGUUGAAACACACUAAGCGGUUGAUGCAGAACCUGCGACUUUAUAACAUCAGAUUCGACGCAAAUUGUGAGAAUAUAGUAAGACACCCUGAGCUACAGAGCUGA